AACAGAACCCCAACUAUUCCAAACAACACCACCAGACACGAUCCAAGAACGUUCUCAUAUUUCAAAAUGAAGUUCACUCUCGCUACCGUCACUAGCCUCUUCGGCGUUGCUGCCCUCGCUGCACCGGCGCCCCAAGAGACAGAAGAGCCUCGCCCGUACGAGAACAUCGACAUCGCCGACCUUUCCGUCCGCAAGCAGCAAAAUGGAACAGUCACCAACGUCAGUUUCCUCCUUUCUGGCAACAACGCUACGGACCUGGCCUGCCAGGGUGCGACCGGUGUUCCUUCCGAUGUAAUCACCUGCGGCGAGUCCAAGUACCGCUUCACGAUCCGUCCGGGCAAGGAGACUGAGUUUGCGCUGCGCAUCUACCACGAGCUUGGCCUUGCUUUUGGCUACUGGGGCGAGGGCGAUGUUUUCACAUACUGCCACGCCGGUGGCCUUGGAGACUUGCUCUGCAACCAGGUCAACCCUACGACGAUUGUCAUUGACAGCACUCCCCCACCUGUCAACCCCUAAAUAUUGUUUUCGCGUUCAAUAGCUAGACACUUCUCAGUAAAUAAUGUGUUUUUAAAUACAACAUGAC